ACAUGUCUUCUUAUAAAGAUUUUAAAUUUCCCAACAGAUCAACUUCUCUAACUUUACUUGGUCCAAACAACGAAACAUCUAAUAGUUUAGAACAACAACAAUCACAAUCCUUAUCCCCACAUAAAGAAGAAGAAAUUCUGGAAAAAAGAGAAAAUUCAAAUGAGGGAGGUGAUGGAGCAUUUUCGCCUGAUUUUGGGGAUCGAGUGCCUUUUAUUGACGAAUCAGCACAGUCAUCUGCUUUGUCUACACCUAAAGACCUGAGGGAAGAGGAAGAAAAAGAAAAUAAAAUGCCAACUAAAGUUGGCCCAAAUUCUUUCCGGUCACACUCUGUGCCGUCUCCCAAUCAACACAAAGAAGAAGAAAAAACAUUUAUUCCAAUAGAUUUCAAUAAUGGAUUAAAUGGAGGGUGUAAUAACCAAACAAAUGUUGAUAAUUUAAUGAAGGAAGAAAAAGCUCUACCAAUUUUCGACAAAAUUCCUCAACUUCAAAUUCGUCCAUCAGUAAUAACAGUUACACAAUUAAAUAUACAUAGAGAGAUAACUGCAAAUUUUACUGAAGGAAUUGGUGGAUUAAGGAAAUGGGUAGAUGCCGCUAGGGGUGGGGGAAGAAAUGUAAGAACACAAAGUGAAAAGAAAAGAAAACAACAGAAACAAAAAGGACAACCACACAAUAGAAAGUUUUCUAAGGGUUCUUCAUCCCGUUCUGAAAAUCGAGCAAGAAAAGCCUUGAGAACAAUUACCGUUAUUUUGGGUACUUUCACUUUAUUUUGGACUCCUUUUUAUGUUUUGGCUACAAUUUAUGGAUUUUGUGAACGUUGUAGUAGUUCUGCUGGUUUCCAAGCUUUAUAUACAGUUAGUUAUAUUCUUUGUUAUAUGAAUUCGCCAAUAAACCCACUUUGUUAUGCUGCUGCCAAUCAACAAUUUAAGCGCACUUUUAAAAGAAUUUUGAGGGGGGAUUUACAUAGAAAUUAA